GGUGCUAGGGUUUGGCUCGAGAUGGGGAAGGCAAAGAGCAAGGGCCCUAAAUUCGCGGCGGUGAAGAAGAUUAUCACCAAGAAAACCAUCAAUAAGUACAAGGAGGAUGUGCUGAACCACAAGAAGAAGGACGCGGACAAGGAGAAACUCGGCCGGAAUGUGCCGCAGGUUUCGUCGGCGUUGUUCUUCAGCUACAACACAGCAUUGGGGCCACCGUAUCGGGUGAUUGUGGAUACCAACUUCAUCAAUUUCUCGAUACAGAAUAAGCUGGAUUUGGAGAAGGGAAUGAUGGAUUGCCUUUAUGCAAAAUGUACCCCAUGUAUCACGGACUGUGUUAUGGCUGAGCUUGAAAAGAUGGGGCAGAAGUAUCGUGUGGCCUUGAGAAUUGCCAAGGACCCUAGGUUCCAAAGAUUAGCAUGCACACACAAGGGAACCUAUGCUGAUGACUGCAUUGUGGAGAGGGUCACUCAGCACAAAUGCUACAUAGUUGCUACUUGUGAUAGAGAUUUGAAAAGGAGGAUAAGAAAGGUUCCUGGUGUUCCAAUCAUGUACAUCACAAGACAUAGGUAUUCGAUAGAACGGCUCCCUGAGGCCACAAUUGGUGGAGCACCAAGAAUCUGAUCGGUGCAGACAUGAGAUGUUCUGGGAUGUAAUACUAUGGCGGUACUUGUCCAUCUGACCAAGUCACUAUUUCAUGUUUCAGUCCACGACAAGGACUAGGAUAAGAACGCUGCUUUCUAGGUUGAGCUUACUGUAACUACUAAGAAAUUUUUAUUAUGUACCAACCUUAUCAUUUCUACAAUGUUGCGGGAUGUCUGAAGUAAUUCUUUGUUAAAAGA